UUGAUCUACACUAUUUUUUAAGCUUUAAAAUUUAUAAAUAAAAAUAAAAAUAUAUUAUAAAGCUAUCACAAACAUUUCAAGUGAAAUCACAUUGGUCGACACUAUUUAAAGGUAGGCUCUAAUAUGAUUGUUUAGAGCCUAGGCUGUGUACAAACCCAGCCUUUCAUUUUAGCUCAUAUAUAAGUAGAGAGUGGUGCGAGUGGAAAGCUUUCAUAUAUCAGGAAGGUGCUAAGCCGAGUAUGAGUGACACGGGUUGCGCCACUAUUUCCCUCCCUUAUUUCCAUUAUUUUUGCAGAAGAACCCUCUCUUCCUCCUCUUUCUGCCCUAAUCUCUUCGAAUUUCACAGAAGAAAGCCAUUGAAACUCAGAGUAAAAUCUAUGUUUAGUGACACAGAGGGAGAGACUUUAAAUGAUUCGGCAAAAGAAGAGCCAGUUACUCGUCGCCUUGUUCUUCUCCGCCAUGCCAAAAGCUCAUGGAAAGAUCGUACUUUAAGAGACCAUGAUCGCCCUUUAAGUAAAGCAGGUCGUGUGGAUGCCAUGAACAUUUCGCACAAGCUUCAUCGGAUGGGUUGGGUGCCUGAACUCAUUCUUUCUAGUGAUGCCAUUCGAACAAGGGAGACACUUCAGAUUAUGCAGGAGCAUGUUCAAGGGUUUUUAGAAGCAGAGGUGCGCUUUGUGGCGAGCUUCUACUCCAUUGCAGCCAUGGAUGGACAGACUGCAGAGCAUCUGCAAGAGGUUAUUUGCGAAAUUUCAAGGGAUGAGAUACUUACAAUUAUGUGUAUGGGUCAUAAUAGAGGGUGGGAAGAAGCCGCAUCCAUGUUGUCUGGCACCCCAAUAGAACUUAAGACAUGUAAUGCUGCACUUUUAGAAGCCUCUGGAAGAUCUUGGGAGGAGACAUUUCAUGUACAGGCAUUCUCUACCGGCCUCGGUGGGUGGAGACUUCUUGGUGUGGUGAAACCAGAUGAUGCUUCAGAAGGGUGAUGAUCUUUGCUGUUCAUUUUUUCUUUCUUGUAUUUUUAACGUAUAAAUCUAACAGCCUAGCUGAGUUUCUGUAAUAAUAUUCUUUUAUUUUUCUGGAAGUUUUACUUUCUCUGUAGUUUCUAAUAUUAAAACAGAAUAUGAGUGUAUUUAAAGCAUGAGGAUUGAAUUAUUUUAGGCCAUUCUCAAUGCAACGAAUGAAAAUUGUUAUCGAUGACAAUCUGAAA